CCUGUGUUUAUGGGCUGCGUCUUAAUGAAAAAGGAACUUAAGUACAUAUGAAAAAAAAUACAUUUAGACCAGUUCUUCAAGAAAUGAAGUUCCUUAUCCUUCUCCUGGUUACUCUUCCAGAUACUGCAGUGACAAGCCGCUCCAUAACUGGCUGGGAAGGAGGAUCAGUCAGUAUCCAGUGUGACUAUGAUCAGUACUACAAAGACCAUGAGAAGUACUGGUGCAAGGGGAAGGAUUGGAGCGCCUGUAUUAUCCAGAGAAAUGAAGAUAAAGUAUCGAUUAGUGAUAAUAAAACCCAGGGAGUAUUCACUGUGACUGUGAGGAGGCUGGAGAAGGGGGAUGAAGACCAGUACUGGUGUGCUAUAGAAACAAUGUUUUAUGAUAUAAACAUUCCUGUUUACCUCAAAGUUGCUGAUGUGCCUGUUACUACCACAGUCCCAGUCCCAGUCUCAACGCCAACUGAGAUGUCAACUGCCAAUGAAACAACCCAUAACACACUCAGAAGAUUCACAACUUUUAUAAUCUGGGUGACUGGAGGAAGUCUUUUCAUCUUAUUGGUAUCUGCAGUCGUGCAUACAGCAAUCGUUCUUACUAAGAGCAGUGAAAGACGCAAAGAGCCUCCAAGAUUGGAGAGUGACAACAACAAAGGCGCUGUGACCAACUCAGAGGAACUCAAAGGAGAUAAUCCAUACGUGGUAAUGUCAUCUGCCAAACAACAACUUGACAAUAACUCAGAGGAACUCAAAGGAGAUAAUCCAUACGUGGUAAUGUCAUCUGCCAAACAACAACUUGACAAUAACUCAGAGGAACUCAAAGGAGAUAAUCCAUACGUGGUAAUGUCAUCUGCCAAACAACAACUUGACAAUGCUGAAUGGGAUCCCGUGGGGGACAAUACUUACAUAAAUGUGUUCUUGAAGAAGAAUAUGCAGCCAGUAAUCCAGGAUGGAAUGUAGUGCAUUAAACAAUACCACGUACAUGUACCUGGAUUGAACAAUGAAAACACAAUACUAAUAUAUAUAUAUAUAUAUAUAUAUAUAUAUAUAUAUAUAUAUAUAUAUAUAUAUAUAUAUAUAUAUAGAUAUAGAUAUAGAUAUAGAUAUAGACACACACACACACACACACACACACACAUUCCAAACGAGCAAUUUAACACACCGGCUGCUCUGGUGCCAUCCCCGUCUGGUCUGGCGGAACCCGUCAGCACUCUCACUCGCUCACCAGCUGUGUUGUGGAAGAAGUGUCUCUGUCUCGGAGCCUUCCCCUCCACCACUCCUCCGCCUAGACCUGUAGUGCAGUUCCCGUCCCGGAGGUAAAACACUUCCGCUGCAGCCUUCUGUAGAUGGUUUUCUUUUGUUCCUCUCCGCCCAGACUUCCGCCUUACACUCAGAACCCCAUUUUGAAUGGCAGUUCUGACAAUGAUUAUAUGAUAAUUUGUAUUAGUUUCAUUUUGUCUGGUACUUAAAGCCCUGAUAUUAGCAUCUUUGAACCAAAAAGUUAUAUUAAAUCAAUUAUUAAAAUACCAUUUUUAGUUAAAUGUAUUUACAUUGAAUUGGGAACCUUUGCUCCCGCUUUUAAGAUAUAAUAAUUUGAA